AUGGCUACAGCCAAGAAAACACAUCAGAUAAUAGUGAAGCUGCGAAAAACUACAAGAACACGAAUGAGUCAAAAAACUUCACAAUUCCAAGUGGAACUCCUCCGAGCCCUUGCGGUUCAAACUAUCAUCCCAAUUUGUAUCAGUUUCUUACCAGCUGUACUUUGCUGGUACACACCAAUGUUGGGUAUUCAGUUGGGUAGAAUGGUCAGUUCUUCCAUCAGCGUUGUCAAAGUGCUCAAGCACCCGCAUCUGAUUGGAUCCUUCCCAUGUGAGAUGUGUGCAAAGGUUUUCAAACACUCCGCUUCAAUGCACCGCCACAAGCGUGAGGUUCAUAAGGCAGGCACCAUCCGGAACAGUGUCUCUGCGUCAUCAUCCUCCUCCGCAUCAGCCGUCUCCUCACGUUCACCAACACCACCUUCUAACUUGGUCGUCAAUGGGAAGGAGCAUGUUUUCGAGAGACUUGCAGUGAAACAGACUAGCCAGCAGAUGCUCAACGACACUGUCGACGUGAUUCUCAGUUCUGGAAGAUACUCUGAUGAGCAGCUUGUUCUUCCCGAGACAUGGCAGAACAUUGUGAACGAAGCUCGAGAGAUUGUUAUGAAGAAUAAGGUUGAUAAAAAGAGUUCGUUCGAAAAAUAA